UGUUGAUUUCACACAGUGACAUCGUUGUUUAUCCUGCGGGUGAAAGAAAAAAAGAGAAGAGCGACUGAAUGUUUUGAAACCAUGGAUAAAAAACAGCAGUGAAUUCUCUGUGGUCUCCACACCCACAGCUGGAAUGCAGAUCGCCGGGUUUGCUGCAGAACUGAGCUCACAAUUUCUUUGUGUUCAACACUGAAUCUAAUCAUGGAGAAGUGGCAGAAGGUUUUCGAGCAGGCCAGUGUCACGUUGGCUGUCUCUGGAUGGAUCUGUACCAUUUUAACCAGGACCCUGUCUGUGUGGCUUGUGACCGGAGCUGUCGAUAACACAACAGACACUCUGUCAUUGUACUGGGAUGGAAUAUGGUUGAACUGGCAGGAACCGAGGGUAGGAGAUUUGCAUUGCCACUUCUAUCAGUCUCUUUUGUCCCUGUCUGGGCGAUUUAACUCCUGGAAAAUAUCUCUUAAUGUUUUGAUUGGACUCGGAGUCAUUCCCAUAGUGCUGUACAUAGUGGCCUUGACCGUGUUCGCUCAGAACGUGCGAUUCAAGGCAGCAGCUGGGUUUGUUUUUGUUUUAUCCGGGCUGUUGAUGCUGGUGAUUAUGAGCUGGAUCACUCAUGCAACAAACAGUGAUUUGGACACAUCUAUUCCUUUGAAAAGGGAAUGGGGGGCAUCUUUAUAUUCUGGCUGGAUCGGUAUGGUGUUGUAUCUGAUUGGAGGAGGAGUGCUGAGUACUUGGUGGUUUAAAUCAGCUCCAGAGCCACAGGAGCAAAUAAGAACAACACAAGGAGCUGCAAUGCCAGAACUGGAGGAUCCUCUCUUUGCUAGGCACCACGCUGCAUUUAUUCCGAGUCCUUACAGACAAACCACAAGGCCUAUUUAAAAAGACAGAGCUUGAACUCUCGUCUAAACUCACGAUACUGUAAAACCUGCUCUGCACUACUGAGGUCAUUUUGUACAUUUGAGACUUUUCACAACAACCAAUUGAGAGCACUUUAAGUCUCAAACUAUUAAGCCUUAUAUUUCAUUAUUCACAGUAACAGUGUUCUGUGACAUCUGUUCAAACUGCAGUUCCCAAAUAUACAAUUUGACAUUGUUAAUUUUAUAAUUUAUUGCUGUAAUACGGCCUCAUCGACGCAGGCUUCGGAGUAGGGAACAUGCAAAAUAAUUUAACUUCAUUUUUAUUAGCACUUUCUUGUACAUUGUUAUCCUGCUUUUGGAUAAAGUUUGUUGUAAGUCAGGUAUUUGGCACAAAUUUGAGAAGAUUAUACUGGGUGCAGGGAAAGAGCAGGUUGUCAAUACCUCUGGUGAUGAAUUUUGCACAUCCUUUGAAAUAUAAACUAAGCUAUGUUCCAAAUGGGGGGCGGAGCUACUUUCUUGGCCAUAAAAUUAUAAAAAUGAAAAAAUUUGCAGUAGAAUUUUUUUUAAUUCUGUAGGAUAUUGAGUGUGAUACAAAUAAUACAAGCAAAUUUAAAUAUUAAAACCUGCACCUUUAGGUUAAGAGAGUAGAGCCUGGCGAGGUGGAAGGGGCUGGAGAAAGAUCUGUCAUGGGGAGGAAUAUUUUCUAUGCUUCAGUUUGUGUGUUUUCUUCUAAUUGUUUUAAUAAAUCUGUCUGUUGCCUUUCUUGCAGUCAUACAAA